GGAUUUACAAAUAGGUAUGUACAUUAGUGGUGGGCAGAGCGAGGCUUCGUGAAACACUGAAGCAGUCGAAGCAAAUGUGUCGAGGCUUCGGAACAUUUCGACACCCGUCUCUACGGUGACACCUAGCGGUCAUUUUCAGGCAUUUUAACAGCUCAAGAUGGCUUUGGUGCCCUAUGAUGAGAAUCUACUUCCUGCGCUGUCAAAACUUCACCAGUCUUCAGCUGAAUUUAAUCUGGCCAAUCACAAGAUCAGACUCAGCCAGGACUGGAACCGAUUGGGUGUCGCUGCUGUGGUCUGGGACGCCGCGGUGGUGCUCUGCAUGUUCCUGGAAAUGGGAAAGGUGGAUCUGAAAGGAAAGAGAGUUAUUGAGCUUGGAGCCGGCACAGGUUUGGUGGGCAUUGUAGCUGCUCUGCUUGGAGCCAAUGUGACAAUUACAGACCGAGAGCCUGCACUGGAAUUUCUGACUGCCAAUGUGCGUGAAAACAUUCCUCCCGGCCAGCAGGGGGCGGUACAGGUAUCCGAACUUACCUGGGGUGAGAAUCUACAUCUGUAUCCCACAGGCAGCUUUGAUUUGAUCCUGGGAGCCGACAUUGUUUACCUGGAGGAGACGUUUCCUGCCCUCCUGCAGACUCUUGAACACCUGAGCUCGGAGAACACGCUGGUGUUGUUGUCCUGUCGCAUUCGUUACGAGCGAGACGAGAGGUUCCUGAUGGAGCUACGCCAGAGGUUCUCUGUGCAAGAGGUCUAUUAUGACUCUCAAAGGGACAUUCACAUUUACAGAGCCGUGAAAAACACAACCAACACUGAACUAUAAGGGCUGGUAUGGAGGAAACUUUGGGUGGAGGUUCCUGUUUGUAAUUCAAAGCAUUUUAAUCUUUAUAAAAAAUAUCGAAGAUGAUUAAAUGACCAUAAUGAAAAAGACCAAAAUGUUUAUGUUUUGU